CCCCUGAUUGGGCCCGCCCCACUCCGCCCGCUCCAGCCCCGCUCCCGGCGGGGACGCUAGCUGAGCCGGCGCUGGCUGCCUGGCCCUGGCCAGAGAUUUAAAGCCCGCAAGUUUUGUUCUUGAGACCAAUGACUUUGCUCCUCCGUGAGGUGGAAAGCAGACCUCCGAUUUGGACGUUUAGGGAGCUGGGCUUGCACUUGGUCCAGAUUCCAGUUUGCAGUGGAACAUUUAUUGAUUUUUGGUUGAGGAUCUACACCUGUAACAUCUCUGAAGUCUUCCCAGCAUCCUUCCCCUGGCCUCCUACACAGUCAAAGUUCAUGUUCACUGAAAGAAGUAUAUGAGCUAGCUGUUCAUGAGGCCACCCACCAGACUUAAUGAAGGAUGCCAACGUGGAAGAAUUUUGAUGUUACAGUGUCCUCACUCGAUAGUGUAUUUCAUUCUUUUGCAAUCCUAGAAAAAAUGGUAUUAUUUCACACUAUUGUGGGAAAUAGAAGAUCCUUUUCUAUUUUUAAUGACUAACAUGUAUUAAUAUGGACAUUAAUUCAACAAAAUACCAAGUUCUAUGGUGUCAAAGCAGCAAGCACCCAUUUGAAACUGAUCCCAAAUAAAAACAGACCUGAGUGGACAUGAGAAUGUUUGUUAGUGGCAGAAGAGUAAAAAAAUGUCAGUUUAUUCAAUUAUUUGCCACUUGUUUUAUACUAAGCCUCAUGUUUUUUUGGGGACACAUUGAUAAUCACAUCGUGAGCCAUAUGAAGUCCUACUCUUACAGAUACCUCAUAAAUAGCUAUGACUUUGUGAAUGAUACCCUGUCUCUUAAGCACAGCUCAGAGGGGGCUCGCUACCCAUACUUGAUUAACCACAAGGAGAAAUGUCAAGCUCAAGAGGUCCUCCUUUUGCUGUUUAUAAAGACCGCUCCUGAGAACUACUAUCGCCGAUCUGCGAUUAGAAGAACGUGGGGCAGUGAGGAGUAUGUUCGGUCUCAACUCAAUGCCAACAUCAAAACUCUGUUUGCCUUAGGAACUCCUAAUCCCCUGAAGGGAGAAGAACUACAAAAAAAACUGGUUUGGGAAGAUCAAAUAUACAAUGAUAUCAUUCAGCAAGACUUUGUUGAUUCUUUCUAUAACCUUACUCUUAAAUUGCUUUUGCAGUUCAGUUGGGCAAAUACCUUUUGUCCACAUGCGAAAUUCCUGAUGACUGCUGAUGAUGACAUAUUUAUUCACAUGCCAAAUCUUAUUGAAUACCUUCAAAGUUUAGAACAAAUUGGUGUCCAAGACUUUUGGAUUGGCCGUGUUCAUCGUGGAGCCCCUCCCAUUAGAGAUAAAAGCAGCAAAUACUAUGUCUCCUAUGACAUGUACCAAUGGCCGGCUUACCCUGACUAUACUGCUGGUGCUGCCUACAUCAUCUCUGGUGAUGUGGCCGCCAAGGUCUAUGAGGCAUCUCAGACACUGAACUCCAGUCUCUACAUAGACGAUGUGUUCAUGGGCCUCUGUGCCAAUAAAAUGGGGAUAGUACCACAAUACCAUGUGUUUUUUUCUGGGGAAGGGAAAGCUCCUUAUCAUCCCUGCAUCUAUGAGAAAAUGAUGACAUCUCAUGGACACGUACAAGAUCUUCAGGACCUUUGGAAGGAUGCUACAGAUCCUAGAGUAAAAACUGCUUCAAAAGGGUUUUUUGGUCAAUUAUACUGCAGGCUAAUUAAGAUUCUUCUCCUUUGCAAAUUGACCUAUACAGACACGUAUCCUUGUAGGGCUGCUUUUCUCUAAUAGCACUUGAAUGUUUUUACUGUCACUGAGCCAAACCUGGAUGGAAAACCCAUUAAAUGUUUGUCUGAAUACGGAGUAAAUGAAUAUGAAAGUCAAAAGAAAUAUUUUGAAAGCCCAGUCUAUCAGAAUGUUUCUUUGAUUAUAGAAGCCAAUCAGUAUCAAUUAUCUGCUUCAUGGCCUAAAUUCAUUUAAAGGAGUUCAUAUUUACAAAAGGGUUAUAUCAUGAAUAGAAACAAAACGAAUGAGAAAUUCACCUCUCAUUUAAUGCCACAUGUAUAUUGGAAGUGUGAGUUGUGAACCUUGGUAUUAGAAAAACAACUUUUUAGAGACAUUAAUAUAUCGUUAGACUGGGUAUUCUAGUUUAUUUCUGUUCCCUGCUCCACCACUUGGCAGAGGCAGUGGGGCAGGGAAGGGUUGGAAUGGGAGAAAGUACAUGAAUCUGGCAAAAGAGUCUUUUGUUCUUAAAAGAUGUAGGAUGAUGUCUACUGUUUCAUUAAAAAUAGCUGAAUCACCUAAUGGUAAUAUCCAUGUAGCUAUUUGCCUAGAUACUGUUGGCAUCAUUUUAAAUAUCUUUUUCUCAAAGUUUAAUGUGAACUUUGAGAAUCAAAAUCAUUGGCUCUGCCCUAACUGGUACUUCAUUUCUUUUUCCUUUCCCUCUAAUAUUAGAGAAUGGCACAAAACAUGGGCAUUCUCAUGUUUGAUGAUAGGGUGCUAAUUUAGGGAGAAAUGAUCAUCAGUUCCAAUAAGCUGAUUUAAUGAAUUUUUCAACUGUUUUUUAAAUAUUCAAUAUUGUUUAAGGUAGUUAUUUAAAUGUUUUUUUGCAUAGGUGAAUAUAUUACUGGAGGAGACUUCAAAAAGAAAAAUAGGGCUGGGGUGGAGCUCAGUAGAAGAGCUCUUGUAGCUUGCGUGUAGCCCUGGGUUUGAUCCCCAGCACUGCAAAACCAAAAGCCUCCUUCCUCUCUGAUUUAUAAAAUAAACCUUAGUUUGUAAUUUCUUGUACUGAUUAUUAAAUAUAACCCACCUCUUCCCAGCAAGGUCUCAGAAACCACACUAUUUUGUUCCAAGUUCAGAGUCAAUUUUAAAUUGCGAGUAUUAAAUGUCAAAUCAAAGCUUUCGUAUCUAAAACAAUCUAUUUGAUCAAAUAACUAUUAGAAAUGAGCUUUAUUUUUAAAAUAUUUUAAACUUGAAAGCAGAGUAAAAGUGAUAAUAGAGAGUUGCCAGAUGAGAUUGAAAGUGUUUGUAAAGCUCCAGGUUCCUUUGUGAUCAGAGAUGUGGUAAAGUAAGUUACAUAUAUUUUACAAAGCAGGAUAAAAUUGUGGCCAUGAUGCAAACAACCUCCCCUCACUACAGAAUUAGGUUAUGUGCAUUACCAGGGAGAUUAUAUGAAGGCCAAAAUAGUGAUUUCAGCAAAAAUAGUUGAACUGAUUAUAAAACCUUUAGCUGCAGAGAAACCUGACGGGGACAACUCAGAUGUCUCAUGGGAUAAGAUGAUUUCUGAAACAUGCAAAACAAAACUAAAAGAUUUCUCAGUAUACACAACUGGAUGAUGAUAUUUAUAAUUUGUAGCAGGUAGAUUUUUAAUGUUUACAGGAAUUUUUGUUAAUUUUUUCUCCUAUUUUGAAAAUUUGAGGCUUGUUUACAUUGCUUAGGUAAUUACACUAGUGUCAAACAUUGUAGGUUGUAGUUACUGUAUUUAGAAUAGACUCAGAAUCUUAGAUCAUUACAGUUUCAAAUUUCUGACCAAUUUUAAAAAUGGUAGAGAAAAAAAGCACAUUUUGACAAAGCAAGUUUAUGAGUAAUUUUUAUUAGUUGAUUCCUUAAUGACUGUUUGCCUUUGGGCCAUAUAUACCCUGUGUUUCUCUCUAUUCUAGGAACUAUUAAAAUUUGCCAUUGGUUGAAAACCUCAGCAUCUCUCUGGCCAUCGAAGUGAUCUUGUUUACAGCAACACUUUUGUGAAACGGUUAUUUAUUUGUUGAAAGAGCUCUCUGGAACUGUGUUCAUCUUUUUUUUUUUUUUGCUUAGAAUGGAAUGGAACAGGUUUAAAUUUUAAGGAAAUAUGAAGGUACUUUCUUUGUUUUAGAAGAAGGAAGCUGCCUGAUGAUUCCUUCAUCAGACUUCAAGUACUGAGGAGAAUAUUUGUAAAUAGAAGUGUUUUAACCUUUUAAAAAGGAAGGGAAAACAAAAACAAAAACUUCAUGGUGCUCCAAUGCAGGUUUUUUU